AGCAGCAGCACCUUGCUGAGGAGCAGCCCCUACGGACACCAAAAGAUGACAACAGCCCCAACAGCUUGUUGCUGCCUCCGUGUGCCCCGGGAGAGAAGCUGAAUGCUGAGGCCCAAGGAAGGGGCAUAAAAAUGAAGGUUGACGUUGUGGAUCCACCAGGAAAGGUGGUGAAGCUGGGAAACGUCUGCAUUGGACAGACGGUGAAGAAGAUGGUCACCGUAGCCAACAAGAGUGCAGCCCCUCUCACCUUUAAGCUGAGGGUCACGUCCACCGUGCCAGAGUUGCAGGAAGCUGGGGUUCUGUGCUUGAAGCCCAGCAAGGAUCUAAAGCUGAAGGGCAGAGGAGACACCUGCAAAGUGGAGGUGACCUUCUCCCCGAAGCGCCGCAUGCAGCCGUUCAGCGGGGAAGUGCUGCUGGAGUGCCGCGGGCUGGUGCGCUCCCUCUGUGUGGUGCGGGGCUCCUGCCAGGGCAGCCUCGUGAGCCUGGACCAGGACCAGCUCAGCUUUGGAGCCGUGGUGCAGCAGAGCUACACGUGCCGGCGCGUCGUCAUGCGGAACGCGGGCGACACGAGAGUCAGGUUUAUGUGGGACGUGGAGAGCUUCAAGCCAGACUUUUCCAUCAGCCCCACAAAGGGUUACAUCAGCCCAGGGAUGGAUGUCCCCUUGGUUGUGACCUUCCGCCCCUCGAAGCUGAGCCAGGCUGUCCAGUACGAGGGGCUGCGGUGCUUCAUCCAGGGCAGUGAGGCGCUGCAGCUUACGCUGGCAGGAUCCUGCGUGGAGGCCCCUGGCCCCAAAGAGGGCAGGAACUGA